AAACGUCAUAGAUUCAACAUGGCGCGGGAAACCCGGGAAGAAGAGAUAGAGAUGGACGCCCGCGGAGCAGUCGACGAAGAGGCGGACAGUCUCCUCCCUUCAACUUUAAAACUGUACGAGACGCAGUUUUUCGGGUUCACCCCGCAGACGUGUAUGCUGCGGGUCUACAGCGCCUUCCAGGACUGCCUGUACGACAUUCUGCCCGUCGUGGAGAAGGUGUGUGUGAGGCAGCUGAGCAAAGGCGAGCCGGCCGAGGCCGAGGAGCAGCUCCGGGCCCGGGCCAGGGAGUGCAGCCGCAAACUGCAGCAGUAUCUCGACGAGCGGUUCAAGCAGCUGUCGGAGCGGAUGGAGGCGCUGCUGAUGAACCGCUGCUUCUCUGUGCCGCCAAACGUCCUCCUGCCCGAGGACCAGUCACACAAGAGCUGCCCCCAACACAUACAGGAUGUGCUGAGGCUGGAGUCGUCCAUUGCUGACCUCCAGAGAGCCCACGAAGCAGAAGUCUGUGCCAGACAGGCCCUGCUGGCUGAGCUGGAGGAGCAGAGGGAGGUGCAGAAGCAGCUGGAUGGGAUCCUGACAUGGGUCAGAGAGCUGCAGGAGGCCUGGGUGAAGGAAGGUAACGGCAGCUUCCAUGAAAGUUUCCGACUGGCGAUGGAGUCGGUAAAGAAGCUGCAGGAGGCCGUCGGGGAGGUCUGCAACAAGGCGCCUCAUUGAACUAAACUCAAAUUUGUGAAAAAACAGACACGAAAGACAAGAAAACUUUUUUGUCUAUUAUUAUUUUAGAAGACAAUUUCACCCACUGAUUUAACCCGGUUUGUAUAAAUCACUAAUGAAUUGUGUAAAUAUUGCAAAACAGCAUGCAUUACUUUUAUCAAACAGAGAGCUUCUGUUGAGACCUUUAGCCAAGUUUUAAACUUGUUUUGUCAAGUUGGGAACAUUAUCUUUGGCUUCUUUUUGCCAUGAAGACGACGUGCAUUCAUUAGAAAAAGAAGAUGCUAGCAAUGAUGAAAACUUGUGCUUUGAUGCCUUUACGAACAUGUAUCUUUUAUUUAAUCCCAAUAAAGCUUUGUUUCUAAGUAUGCUUUGACACAACAGUAACAUCAGCUAACAUUAGUUUACCUGUCCGCAGUGUCAACUGGAGAAAGAUUGUUAGUUGUUAAGUCUCGUAUCCAGGACCUUAAAUAAUGACACCUUAGAGUAAUGGUUGGGCUAAUGAGACUCCCAAUCUUCGAAAUCAAUCAAUCUUCAGAAUCAAGCUCUCAUUCUCCAGAAAUUGCACCUUUAACUGUUACUUGUAACUUUGUAACUUGAUGUUAAGGUGUUGCAGUGAUACCCAGCAGAGGGCGCUCUCUGCUUGUUAACAGCACUCACCCAGGUCAGCUACAGUUGAAGUGUGGACCUCUUUUAUGUUGAAAGCUGAUACAUGCACUCAGUUGCCAGUUCAUUUUAUAUAUUGAGCUAAAACUAUAAUGAAAGUAGCCUUUACUGCAAGAAGAACAUAUCGGUCUUCAUUAGUUAAUAAUGGCUAUUAAUCUGCCCAUUAUUUCCUUGGUUAAUUGUUUGGUUGAUUAAAAAGUCAGAAAAUAUUGAAAACGUCCACCCCAGUAUCCUAGUGUCCACAGUGAUGUCCUUACAUUUAUCUUUUUAACUGGAAAUCUACAGAUUUCAGAGCCUGAAAACACUUUCUGCCAUUUUUGCAUGAAAAUGUACUUUAAUGGCACUAUAAUGGUACUUUUGUGUUCAGGUAAUCAUUAAUGCUCUUGGACUUUGAUUUGUGCAGAAUAUGCACGAGUUAGCUGUGUAAUAGCUUAUUAUUGUUCCUCUUUCUUUAAAAUCAUAAUUCACCAUUAAUAUGUGUCACCUAAUAUUAAACUCAAAUUUAACAGAAAUCACCUCUGGAGCUAGAUCACCAAAGAAGUCAUAGACAAACUUCAGACUGAUAAAAAUGUACCGUAAAAUUGGAUUAAUGUCUUAAACUUUUUUUUACUAGAGAUAGAAACAAGGCUGUUUCUGGGUUUUUCAGUUACAUGGAUUGGGCCAUUGGGGGCGCUAGUGCUCAUAUAUUUGUCUUGUGCAUCUCAGCAGUUCACCACAGCCGUUUCAGAAUGUGUUUUUAAUAUCUACUUGCUGCUUCAUUUUAAUACAGUUUCUGAGGGGAAACUGCAGCAUAAUUGCAGGGUGGUGUAAUAAUUGCAGAGCAACUUCUCCCACUGAAUUAUGAUUUGUGAGAAACACUUAUUUGGUGAUUAGAAAGGUUGACUGAACAAAUUGGAUCACUUGUGAGUGUGUAGCUGACGUCUGGGUAUUAGACUCAACAUGAUAUAAAGGAGAGAACAUUCCUUUUCAUUACAGCGUCUGAUCUUCAGACUCACAUGGGCAACAAAUAAGAUCUUUUCAUAUCAGUAAAUAUAUUUAUUACUGUAAGGGUUUAAAAUGAUCAAAAAUAACAGACAUAAUAUGCAUAUGUUAUAGCCUUUCAGUGUAAUAAUUAAAGUCCAAUUGGUUGGGGAAAGAAUCUGUGAUUGUUAUUGCUGAUGUCAGAUUUACAGCCCCAACAACAACAAAAACAAUUGCAACUGAAAGUAUGUAAACAACAACAAGAGGUCCAGUGUAAACACUAAACAUUUGUUUUAACAUUCCUGGAGUGUGUGCUUGUGUGUGCCCCACCUGCCUCGGUCCAGAUGGAGGUGUGAGAAGUCUCUGUUUACGUGUAAGUCGACGUGUAUUUCUGGAGAAUAAUGAUCUUACAGGCUUAACUGUGUUUUGCCUGGAGCAUUUUUUUCUGCAUUGUAUAGCUAUAAAAAUGACAAAAGCAUGGUUCCCACAGGUCAAGAAAGCUGCAAAAAUAGAAACUGUUCAUUUGAUAUACUGCAUAAAUGAAUAGGCUUUGUUCUGCUUUCUACAUGUGUCUCCUGUCUUGCAGCAUCUCUUUUAAAUAGUUCUCCGUAAGCUUCUGAAAAGGCUGCUUUUUCUCAGAAUUUAAACAAUAAUUAACCCUGAUCUGUGCCUUAAACUAUGCUAUAUUGGUUCCUUGAAUUUGAGGGAAUGGGCCUGGAGAGUCCUUGAUGAAACUUUUAAUUUAAUUAUGAAGAAUGUCUGCAAACCCUACAGAAGACCUCCAUACAGAUUAAGGAAUCAAACCAUUUGUUUAAAAUAGAUGUCUCAUUCACUUUUAACGAGUGUGUUUUCUCUGUGCUGUUUGGAAAAAC